AGAAAUUAUAUGAAUUUUGAGCUAACCCUUUCGAAAAGCUAGUCGUUACUCGUUACUGGAAGCGUGGAACCCAAAUCCAAGAAACAACUGUACGCACAAAACCCCCCCACCAAAUAUUAACCCCCGAAAUCCAAACCCGUUAAACCCUCUCCCUCUCUCCCCCGCGCCCGCUCUCGCUCUCGCAGAGCCGAGACCCAGACCACCAUCUUCUUCUUCCUUCACUCGUCUCUCCCUCAACUUCAAUUAUGUACGGAGGCGAUGAAGUCUCGGCUAUUGUUCUUGACCUCGGCUCCCACACUUGCAAAGCUGGCUAUGCCGGCGAAGAUGCGCCCAAGGCAGUCUUCCCAUCAGUUGUCGGAUCAAUUGAUCAAAUGGAAGUUGAAACUGAAACAGAAAAUAAUUCCGGACCUGCUGUAGAUCCAAAAAGUAAUUCCAAAUCUCUUGAUUCUGACAAAGCCAAGGGAAAACGCAAAUUAUAUGUGGGAUCUCAAGCCUUAGGGUACCGUCGGGAUCAUAUGGAGGUGCUGUCACCCAUAAAGGAUGGGGUUAUUGUUGACUGGGAAGCUGUGGAGGGCAUAUGGGACCAUGCUUUUAGGGAAUGCCUAUUGGUUGAUCCUAAAGAGCAUCCAAUGCUACUUGCAGAGCCAUCUUCUAACACUCAACAACAGAGAGAAAGGACGGCAGAGCUUAUGUUUGAAAAGUACAAAGUUCCUGCCUUAUUUUUGGCCAAGAAUGCUGUUCUCACAUCUUUUGCAUCAGGCCGUGCUACCUCGUUAGUAGUUGAUAGUGGUGGAGGAUCAACUACAGUUGCUCCAGUUCAUGAUGGCUAUGUUCUUCAAAAGGCUGUGGCAUCUUCUCCUAUUGGAGGAGAAUUUCUUACUGAUUGUUUGACAAAAAGUUUGGAAAGUAAAGGAAUGACGAUUAAACCCAGAUAUUCUUUCAAGAGAAAGGAAACACGACCUGGAGAGUUUCAGGUGGUAGAUGUUGAUUUUCCAAAUACCACAGAAAGCUACAAACUCUAUUCCCAGAGGGUGGUUGCUAGUGAUAUCAAAGAAUGUGUGUGUAGAGCCCCUGACACUCCAUAUGAUGAAAGCGCAUAUUCAAACAUUCCAACGACCUCAUAUGAGCUUCCUGAUGGCCAGACAAUUGAAAUUGGAGCGGAUAGAUUCAAGAUUCCUGAUAUUCUAUUUAACCCGUCCUUGGCUCAGACAAUUCCCGGUGUUGAGAAUUUUGCGGAGAUUGCUCCUCUUCGUGGUUUGCCUCAAAUGGUUAUCGAGAGCAUUAACAAGUGUGACGUGGACAUUCGUCGUGAAUUAUUUAGUAGUAUACUGCUUGCCGGUGGCACAGCAUCAAUGCAACAGUUAAAGGAACGCCUUGAGAAAGACUUGCUGGAGGAGUCUCCUCAAGCUGCUAGAGUUAAAGUAUUGGCGAGUGGGAAUUCAACUGAAAGGCGAUUCAGUGUUUGGAUAGGUGGGAGUAUACUGGCGUCUCUUGGUUCAUUCCAGCAAAUGUGGUUCUCCAAGGCUGAGUAUGAGGAGCAUGGGGCUUCUUAUGUACAAAGAAAAUGCCCUUGAAAUUGUCUUCCAAACUGCAAGUCUCUCAUAUGCUCCCUCCAUCAUGCUAACCUUUUCCAGAAUUGUCAAAGCUUCAAACGUGUGUCGCCGAUACGGAUGAUAGAAUGCUUUGAUUUGUAUCAACCGACACUGAUGAUCCCUUAUAUUGUUCUGUGGCGUACUUUUCAUUACUUCAGCAGAUUUUCACAUGUUAAAUUAAUGUCCAAUUGAUUAGGGGGUUUAUUGUGGUAGUUCUCAUCGUUUCAAAGCAUAUUGUUGGACGUGUUUUAAAUGACUAACGCUUGUUGUAGACCAACCUUUGCUACUA